AUGCGUCACGCGACACGGAGCUGUGCUCCCUUUGUGUUGACAGCGAGACAUCAGGCAUGCCGUGGCGUUGGACUACACUCGUUAGCUGGCAGAUCGGGAACAAUUGCUCUUGGAGGUCAUCGACAAUUGCACCUGCUUUCAAGCAGACGAUUUGGGCAGAACGCUCAGUCUGGAAGGAAGCUGUCGCUUGCGCCGACAUUAUCCAGACCGGGUAUCGGAGUUCCUCGGGAGCUAGGACAGACCCAAACUCGCUUCUUCAAAAAGGCAAACUACAUUGAGAGAAUCGGUGAUAACGAAAAAACCGAAGAAGUCCUUGAGGCUCUCGAAGUCAAGGAUGAUGAGCCAGACACUAAACCUUCACGAAACGUGCUAGGUGCCAAUGGAGAAAAGCCAUCUACUGAGCGCCAGGAUGCCAAAUGGUCACAAGACAUGACGAAGGGGAAAAUGCUAACGACGCCCUCACGACUCUUCAAAUUGAUCGUCCCCUUGACAACCGUCGACAAGUACGGCGACAAAGGUAACAAACCUGUCCCAACCACCAUCAACACUACUAACCCAUUACCAGGCAUCGAACCAAUUGCCAUACUAGUCCAUCCCCACCAACCACUCUCCUACCUAGAACGCCUAAUCCAGUCCGAGGUCCCUCCAAUCCAAGGCGAAAAAGAAAAACUCCGCCCACCCGCCAUAUCAUUCAUCGCCCUCCAACACGAAGACAACGCAAUCAAACCCCGCAAACGAAUCGAAGACGCCUUCGGCCCAGACGCUCAGACUGAAGGUCAUCCCAACAAACAGAAACCCGUCCAACGCCGACGGUCCCGCGAAGAAGAUGCGGAGAUCUACAGCUACCCCCGCAAAACAGACUCCAGCCUCGACCCGCUAAAUGGGCAAUCUGAGCGAUUUGUGCGGUGGUCGCAAUCUACCGAAGUGGGUGAUUUUAUCCGGGAUGCGGCUCGCGCGCGCGAGUUCAUCAUCACGAUUGAAGGAGCGCCUGAAGGAUUGGGCCAGAUCCGAGUUACCGUGCCGUCGUUCAAUGAGCGGACAUACUUUCUUCGGCUUCGACUAAGAAAAUUGUCGCGGCGGAUCCAGGAGAUCGCAGAAGUCAAACAGAAAUGUGACACCCUAGCACACCGUGGCGCGCAGCGGGUGGCGAUUGGCGGGUUCGGCAUCCUGUCCGUGUGGUGGUACAGCGUGUACAAGCUCACAUUCGAAACGGAUCUGGGGUGGGACACCAUGGAACCCGUCACAUACCUGGUCAGUUUAUCCACGUUGAUGGGUGGAUACUUGUGGUUUUUGUACCACAACCGAGAAAUCUCGUACAAGUCAGCAUUGGACUUUACAGUGAGCGCGCGACAGAAGAAACUGUAUCAGUUGCAUAAUGUGGACUUGCAUCUCUGGGAGAAUCUCGUGGAUGAAGGAAAAGCUCUUAGGCGCGAGAUUAAGAGUAUUGCGGCGGAGUAUGAUGCCGAGUGGAAUGAGCGGGCUGAUGAGCAGGAUGAGAGGGUUACAGAGGCCUUGAGGUCGACUCGGGAGGAGAAGCAGUCUAAGAGGGAUAAGAAGGAUAAGGAGAGCGAGGAUGAUGAUUGA